UUUGCCCAAGCUGUUUAAAAAUGGAAUUGCCCACUACGUACGUUGAGGGUUUCCACGAAGAGUGUGAUUUGAGAAAAAUGGUGUACAUUCGUGGGACAGGGAGUACUGAGUUGUGCUUGUCUCAACUUGGUAUUGGGGGCGGAUCCCUUGGCAAUCAUUAUGGGAAAAUUAAUGAGGAUGACGGUAUAUCAUUGGUAAGACAAGGAAUCAAACGCGGUAUCAAUUACAUUGAUACGUCUCCCUAUUAUGGACACACUUCUUCUGAGAUUUUAAUUGGCAAGGCCUUGAAGGAAAUCCCUCGUGAAGCCUACUAUAUAUCCACCAAAGUUGGGCGUUACGGAACAUCAUGGGCAGACUUUUUUGAUUUCUCCGCUGAAAGAAUCAUAUCAGAAUUUGAAAAAAGCUUAGAGCGUUUAGGUUUGGAAAGCGUAGAUAUUCUUUUUGUUUAUGACAUUGAGUUCGGGCCGUGGAAGCAGAUAUUGACUGAAGCGCUGCCAGCUGCUCAGAGUCUAGUGGAUAAGGGUAAAGCCAAAUACCUUGGAGUAUCUGGUUAUCCAGUCUCACUUCUGUGGGAAGCUGUAGAGAAAUCCCCAGUCAAGAUAGAUGUUGUACUCUCCUACGCCCGGGACUGCCUGUUUGAUAGUACUUUGAAAAAAUAUGCUUCAUUUUUCCAGGCUCAUGAUGUUCGAUUGAUCAACGCUUCACUGACAGGAAUGGGUCUAUUGACCAAUCAAGGACCUCCAGAAUGGCACCCAGCUACAGACAAGCUCAAGACAAUCUGCCGUGACGCAGGACAGUAUUGUAAGGAUAAAGGCGUAGAGCUGGGGAACCUUUCCGUUUAUCAUUCCAUGCAUCAGCCCGGUUAUAGCUCCUACCUUGUGGGCAUGAAGACGCUAGAAGAACUGGAGUCCAACCUGAAGAUAACCACGGAAGGACUCUCCCAGCAAGAGUGUAGCGUUCUAGACGAAGUUAGGCAGAAGUUUUUCAACUCUGCCGAUAAUCAUCAUUGGGAAGGCGUUGAGUUGGAACAAUAUCGCAAAUAUCAGCAAGCAAAUGAAGCAAAGACAUGAUGUAACUUCAACAGUUUGCUGCAGCCAG